AUGGCAGCUAACGUACUGGAAGAAGACUCAAUGGAGCAGGACAUAGAGAGCCCUGUCACUAUUCAUCAGCCAAAGUUACCCAAACAAGCUAGAGAGGAUCUGCCAAAAAAUCUAAACAAAGAAUGUGCCAAGAGAAAAAUCCAGAGGUAUGUUAGGAAAGAUGGAAAAUGCAACGUCCACCACGGGAAUGUCAGAGAGACCUACCGUUACUUGACAGACAUCUUCACUACUUUAGUUGAUCUGAAGUGGAGGUUCAACUUGUUGAUUUUUGUCAUGGUUUACACAGUGACCUGGCUCUUCUUUGGAAUGAUCUGGUGGCUAAUUGCCUACAUGCGAGGAGAUAUGGAUCAUAUAGGGGACAGCACGUGGACUCCAUGCGUCAGCAACCUCAAUGGGUUUGUCUCAGCCUUUUUAUUCUCAAUCGAGACAGAAACUACCAUUGGGUAUGGUUACCGGGUCAUCACAGACAAGUGUCCCGAGGGAAUUGUUCUUCUUUUAAUUCAGUCUGUUUUAGGUUCUAUCGUCAACGCUUUCAUGGUUGGCUGUAUGUUUGUGAAAAUAUCCCAACCCAAGAAGAGGGCAGAAACCUUGGUUUUUUCUACAAAUGCAGUUAUUUCCAUGCGGGACGGAAAGCUAUGUCUGAUGUUCCGAGUAGGAGACCUUAGGAAUUCACACAUUGUAGAGGCAUCAAUACGAGCCAAGUUGAUCAAAUCCAAACAGACAAAGGAGGGGGAAUUUAUACCGCUCAACCAGACAGAUAUCAACGUAGGUUAUUACACAGGGGAUGAUCGUCUCUUUUUGGUUUCACCACUGAUCAUCAGCCAUGAAAUUAACCAGCAGAGUCCUUUCUGGGAGAUUUCCAAAGCCCAGUUGCCCAAAGAGGAGCUAGAAAUUGUUGUAAUCCUAGAAGGAAUGGUGGAGGCAACAGGAAUGACAUGCCAAGCUCGAAGUUCAUAUGUUACAAGUGAGAUCCUGUGGGGUUAUCGUUUCACCCCUGUCCUCACUCUGGAGGAUGGAUUUUAUGAAGUUGACUACAAUAGUUUUCAUGAAACAUAUGAGACCAACACCCCAGUUUACAGUGCCAAAGAGCUGGCAGAGAUGGCCAGCCGAGCAGAACUGCCCCUGACUUGGUCUGUUUCCAGCAAGCUGGACCAGCAUGCUGAGCUGGAAACUGAAGAGGAAGAGAAGAAUCAAGAAGACCAAAAUGAAAGAAAUGGUGAUGUGGCAAACCUAGAGAACGAGUCCAAAGUGUAG